CCCUCACCUGGCCGUACCCGCACAUGGUGGUCUCCAUAACGUAAGACCUUCCGAGGACAUCGCCCAAGACCGUCUCCACGUUCUUAUCGGCAAACAUGAAGAUCCUCUGGCUUCUGCUGCUAGUUCUGUGCGAGGCUCAGAGCCACGCACCCUCCAAGCCCAACUUUGUCCUCAUCAUGGCCGAUGACCUUGGCAUUGGGGAUCCUGGCUGCUAUGGAAACACGACCCUCAGGACUCCUAAUAUUGAUAGGUUGGCCAAGGGGGGAGUGAAACUCACUCAGCACCUGGCAGCCUCGCCCCUGUGCACACCGAGCAGGGCAGCCUUUAUGACAGGCCGGUACCCCAUCCGAUCAGGGAUGGCAUCUCAGUCUCGAAUAGGAGUCUUCCUCUUCUCAGCCUCUUCGGGAGGACUUCCCAACAGUGAGAUCACCUUCGCCAGACUCCUGAAGAGCCAAGGUUACACAACCGCUCUGAUAGGGAAGUGGCACCUUGGAACCCACUGUCACAACAAAAGCGACUUCUGUCACCACCCCUCCACGCACGGCUUCGAUUAUUUCCACGGGAUCCCUGUCACCAACCUGAGGGACUGCAAGCCCGGGGAGGGCAGUGUCUUCACCUCGGGCAUCCGGCUGCUGGUCUUCAUUCCCCUGCAGGUCAUCGCCGUCUCCCUGGUCACCCUGGGGGCGCUCAGGUGGCUGGGGCUGCUGCAGGUGCCCUACCUCGUCUUCUGGUUCCUGCUCUUCCUGGCGGCCGCCAUCCUCUGCGCCCUGCUGUGCUUCCUGCAUUUCUUCCGGCCCCUGAACUGCUUCCUCAUGAUCGACCGGGACAUCAGCCAGCAGCCCCUGAAUUACGACAACCUCACGCAGAGACUCACCGCAGAUGCCACCCGGUUCAUACGCAGGAACGCCGAGACGCCCUUUCUGCUCGUCUUCUCCUGUAUUCAGGUGCACACGGCCCUCUUCUCGUCCAAGGAUUUUGCCGGGAAAAGCAAACACGGCGCUUACGGGGACGCCGCCGAGGAAAUGGACUGGGGUGUGGGGCAAAUCCUCGAUGUCCUAGAGGAGUUAAGACUGGCUAACAACACCCUCGUCUACUUCACCUCGGACCAAGGGGCCCACGUGGAGGAAAUUACCACCAAAGGAGAGCUCCACGGAGGAAGUAACGGGAUUUACAAAGGGGGGAAAGGCAACAACUGGGAAGGAGGCAUCCGGGUGCCGGGCCUCCUCCGGUGGCCGGGCGUGAUACCGGCUGGGCUGGAGAUCCACGAGCCGACCAGCAACAUGGACAUCUUCCCCACGGUGGCCCAGCUGGCCGGCUCCCCGCUGCCCGAGGACAGGGUCAUCGACGGGCGUGACCUGAUGCCCCUGCUGCAAGGGAGAAGCCAGCGCUCGGAUCACGAGUUUCUCUUCCAUUACUGCAACUUCUACCUGAAUGCCGUGCGCUGGCACCCCCGGAACAGCACCUCCGUCUGGAAAGCUUUCCUCUUCACGCCCAACUUCACGCCCGAGGGCGCCAACGGCUGCUUCCCCACCCACGUGUGUUUCUGCCACGGGCACUUUGUCACCCGCCACCACCCACCCUUGCUCUUCGAUCUCUCCAAGGACCCCCGGGAGAGGAGCCCGGUGACGCCGAACACCGAGCCCCGGUACUGGGAAAUCCUGGGGGCCAUGCAGGAGGCGGCGGAGAGCCACACCCGCACCGUGCACAACGUCCCCAACCAGCUGUCCUUCGGGAACAUCCUCUGGAAACCGUGGCUGCAGAUGUGCUGUUCUUUGUCCCCCGGCCUGUCUUGCCAGUGUCCCCACGGGGAGCAAGGCAGGGGAAGGAGCCCUUAGCUGUUGUGUUUCGGGGGGAUGCACUGCACCCAGGCCACCUCCUCCGUGACAAGGGCACGGGGAGGGGGGUGUCACUGCGCAAACCAGUGUGGCCAGCGCCUCAGACUGGGAUCCACUCUGCAUCUGGUCACCCGAAGGCCCCAUCAAGAGCC